UCUCCAGUAUGGAUGUGAACCAGAGGAGAUCAGCGGUGUCAGCUUGGAGGCCCCUGAGAGGAACUCUGGGGGAGAGGGGGGAGGCCCUAGGGGGGAGAGGUGACACUCUGUUGGAGAGGGGUGAGGCAGCUCGUACCCCCAGAGAGAACUGUCUGGCUUCGCUAAGCAACGGGCACGGUCUGUCCCAGUCUCUGAGAGUUGACUUUGACACAACACACACCUCAGCCUGUCUCUCCUCUUCUCCCUGCACUCCAGAGUAUCUCCAACAGGUUCCCGGCAUUAAGAAACCCAAACACCUGCACUCCUCAUCCAAUGACUACAGAGAGAAGGAGGACAUGUACGAUGAGAUCAUCCACCUCAAGAAGAGUCUUCAUGCCCAGAAGUCCGAGAAGGACAGGAUGAAAGCCAAACUACGGCGUCUGGAGGAGGACAAAACUAAGAAAGACAAGCAAAUAGAACAGCUGUUGGAUCCCACCAAGGGACCGGAGUACACACUGAGUCUGGUGGACAAGAAACACCAGGGAGCCUGGUAA